GUGCAUUACUCUCUGAGGCUUACAAUGUUCUCAAAAUAAACCUGGGAUUAUUUUUCCCCUGCUGGAAUAUGCUCAGUGAGCAGCUCGGAUUUCGGAUGACCUCUUUUGAAAUCUUUUUCGAAAGAUUAUCUGAAACUCUGAAAUCAAAUAGGAAGGAUUCUCUCAAGAUAAGCCCUUUAUAUUCGUUUGAAUGAACGGAUGAUUUGGGAAUUUUGAAAGCUAAUGAAGCUGCAACCAUCAGCAUUUAAUGCGAAGGAACAGGGAAAACUAUGAUUCUUUUUGCCUGACAGGACUUCAGGGAGGUUGCUGCUGAAUAUGCGGAUCUUUGCGGGGCAUGAUACGCCCAGGAAGCCACCCCUCUGUCAUGGCUUUGCCCUCUUCUGGGGCUUGACCUUUGUUUUAUUCAUGAAAAGUGUUCAAGUGAAGGCUUGUCCCACCACAUGUCACUGUAUAGAGAAGAACGGCAUGACUGUGGUUCAAUGUAUGUCUCGCAACUUGGAGAAAAUCCCAUCCGAUCUUCCGAGGGAUACAGUUGUCCUACUAUUGGCCUCCAACCACAUCACCCACAUCCCGAACCACGCCUUCAAAGAUCUGCACUACCUUCAGGAGCUGGACCUGUCCAACAAUGACAUAGAAACGGUGGACGUUGGAGCUUUUCAAGGUGUUUCUGACAGCCUCCUUGUCCUGGAUCUAUCAAACAAUCGAAUCCAAAGUGUCCCUAAAGAGGCAUUUGCUCGUCUACGAGCAAAAAUCAGCUUCUCGAACAACCCGUGGCACUGCGAAUGCAUGCUGCAGGAGGUCCUGAGGGAGCUGCGUCUGGACCCAGAGACGGUGAACGAGGUGAUCUGCCACACGGCGGUGCAGGAGGAAUAUGCGGGAAAACCGGUAAUCCAGGUGCUCGACUCAGGGAUCAACUUCUGCAACUUUCACCACAAGACCACAGAUGUAGCUAUGUUUGUCACCAUGUUCGGGUGGUUCACCAUGGUGAUUGCGUACGUGAUCUACUAUGUGAGACACAAUCAGGAGGAUGCCAGGAGGCACCUGGAGUACCUAAAGUCAUUGCCCAGCAGCUCUCAGAUUAGCAAGGACUUUGACACCAUCAGCACUGUUCUCUAGCAGGGCUAACUUAUUCAUGUGAUCCGUGUGAGUGGGUGUAUUUAUGUGAGUAAAUGCAUAGUUCUGUAAAAAAUAGAAAAAUCGAUUGCAAGACAUAAUCAUCAGAGAUUUUCCAAUACCAUUUUUUCUUUCUCAUACGUUUCUGAUAAGUUGGUUUGUUUUCUGGCAAAUAAUGAAAACCGUACCGGUACCACUGAAGAUUUAAAGUGAACAGCUGCAUACAAUUAGCCCUGUAGGAUGUUAUUUAAUUGCAUUGAUCUUUGCCUUGUCUGGCUCAGAAAAUGUAUAACAGAGAAUUCUGACUUUCACUGGUCUUGAUUUAAGCCCCCGUAAAAAUCAACGCUUAACCAUAAAACAAACAGAGUACCUACAAAUGAGCUGAGUUAACGUGAGCAGUAACUGUGCUGGCAGCCCAUUUCUGUGUUAUGUCCCAUUCUGUUAUGUUGUGUCCCUUGAAGCGUCAGAGAAAGGCAGACUUUUAGCAUCAAACUUAUUGAAGAGAAUCUCAGAUUAACAUUACACUGUACUCCAUCUAUUUCAAAAGACACUGUAUUUCAUAAGGUGCUUAGGAGAGGGAUGAAUCCAUCAAAAAACUGCAAACACACUCCUGCACACUGCCGUGUUAGCACAAUACUUUGGCAACGUCUCAGUACAUUGCCAAUGUUUUGUGCAUUUUAGACUAUAAUAGUUUUCUUGAAAUUUUGGGGUCCUAGGACUUGUAUUUUGUAGCAACGGCAUUGAAACAGGUGUCGUAAUUGUUUGAUUUUUACUAGUGUCAUCAAAGUUUAAAAUUCUGGUGACAAUCCUAUAGUGAAAAAAAAAGUUAAUUUUAUUCUAAUUAAAUGAAUUACAGUAUCAGAUCAGUGUGAAGACGAUACAGAUUCGGGUGAUGUCUGCACAAUGUGUUUGCAUUGUUUCAAACAUUAAUUUUGAUUUUCUUUCAAGGAGUAAAUGUUUCUCUACUGCGGGACAGGGCAUUAGUGAUGGCACAAAUAAACAAAACACUCCCAAAAGUUACAUUUCCAUGACAGAUGAUAGAUCUACACUUGUGAGAUAAAUGUUCCCACUGUGGUGUCGAUCCAACAGUGUGAUUGAAUUUAGACAGAGACGAACGAGGACAGCUUCUGUGUCACACAGUUACUUUGUAUUGAUUGAUUUAUUUAUGUUCUUCAUGUCACCCUGCCAAGGUAACUGGCAUUUUUACAAGACGUUGGUGAAUAUAUGACACAGGUCACAGUGUUAACAUUCAGUUUGUGUAACUGAUAGCGCUGCCUCAGAGUAAACUUCUGACCCUGGAAACUCUGUAUCCUGGCAAGUAAAAGACAAAAUGUUUAGAAAGAAACACAUUUAGAAAGAAGCUAUACAAGCCUUUCAGCACCCAAUGGCAAGGUAAGAAUGAGUGUUGUUAGCAUGUGGGCUUAAUUAAGGCAUUGAUGGCUCGAGGUAAAAUAUUUGACUGACAGAGAUAUGUAAUGGUAGAGAGGGAUAUGAAUGAACUUGUUAAGUUAAUAAAGUUACCUCUUGUUUUUUAGUUUGGCAUUCUAAAAAUGAACACAUCUCUCAUUGAGUGGACUCAUCUAAUUCUGCAAAAAUCAAGAUAUUUAUGCAUUAUACAUCUGUAAUGGGAAUCAACAAUGCCUUAUUUACAGCAGCAGAAACUGAGCAAGAUUAUCAUAUUUAAAUUGUGACCACCUGACGACAGUUAAGUCUGAUAUUAUCAAACUGAAACCAAUUCAGUGGAAAAUAAUCUUCUCAAGGCAGAAAAGAAUGGAAAAACUCCAAGUUUAAAACCCUUCGUCACCCCUUUUAUUCAACACAUUCAUUAUUAAAGCUCUAUCUUCAUUUAACAGCCUGUAACAGUAGCGCUAACCUAUCUGCUGCCUGUUGUCAUUUUCACAGUAGCACAACUUCACCUCAUGGCAGUUUGGGACAAAGUUUAAGAAACACGUGUAGAAAUGUGUUUCAUUCAGCACAUACUGCAAAGAGAUGUGUUGGAGGUGUGAGAUGUCAACAUGAAAGCUGUUUGUGUUUGAGGUUCUUAAGUCUUUCUUCUAGAACAGUGGUUCCUAACCUAAUCUUGGAUCCCCCUGAUACAUUGCUUUAAAAAAUGUACAUUAAUUUAAUACAUUUUCCUCUCAGAAUAUGUCUACACACUUGUUCUACCAAAAUACCUUUUUUAUACAUUUCCCAGUAAUGUUUUAACAAGAUUUUAUUGAGUAUAUGCUAAAUAAAUUCUCUCCCCCAAGGGGGUGAGACCCCCUUACCAAUGUUCUAGGAAGCCCUUUGAUAGUCACCCAGGACGUUGCUACUUAAACAAAAGGAACAAAAUAUGGUUAUAAUUGUAUUUCUUUUAGGCAAAAAACUAUUUGGUUGUUUAACAGAAAUGUAAAACUUUACAAUAGGAUGUAAAGAAAGGAUAAUAUGUGUCAUCAAUUAUAAUAAUCUGACUUUGACUUUUAGUUCUGCACAGGACUCGAAUGGCUGUCUUUGGAAAUGGUGAGCUGUUUGUUUGAUUAAUCAAUUGAACCCUAGAGCUAUUCCAAGAAACUGGUUCUCAAGUCAGCACACAUGGCACUCCGAACUGACUUCAACAUUUGUGCAGAUUGGUAUUGAAAAGUAAUUGUAUUUUGUUUUUAUAACUGAUUCACAAACUAUCUGCCUUGUCCUUGUAGAUCUCAAUUUGUAUCCCAUGUCGAGUUAACGCCUGUGUAGGGCUGGCAUUGGGUGUUUUAUAAAUCACAUGUAUUCAAGAACACAUCCUGUAACAAUGUGGUAGAUUUUUCACGAGUUAUUGUUGGUUAUUAUGAACCAAUAACUCAGCACUUCAUGUGUAGGACUAACAGUACAUCAUAGGCAGUUACUGCAAAGGUAAGAAAAAGCCAUUGUCAUGAACUUUAAAGGAAGAGUACAGGUAAAUACAGCUUUGUAUACGCUCAAAUGUCAGAGUUAGAAACGUGGGCUCGUCAACAAUCAGAAAUGUCAAACAUCAACAAAAGUUUAUUUGUGAAACAUUAACAAACCACGAAUUGCUGAAUUAUGAUGUCAUAAAAAUGACAGGUUUUUGUUUGAUUGUAACGAAACAAUGUUUGUUUGCCGGAAACUAAAUUACUUUUAAUUGUAUACCAGUUCAUUUUAAGUGCCUCAUCUUUGGGAGAGUGCGCUAAGAUGGACAACUGUGUCACAAGCCCACCACCCACCAGUCUCACCAUCUCAGAUUCACUUACAGCACAUGUGUAGCCAGUUUGUCUGAAUGACCGGAGUCAUUGAGGUGUUAAAGACGGAUUCCCUGGGUGGAUGGAUUAUUCCAAAAGAAGAAAAAUGAGGGCCAAGAGACAGCACAAGAAACUUUUUUUUUUUUUUUAAGUUGCUGUUACAUAUUUUGAUGUGACUGACAGCUACGACAGUACGGGUGUUAAUGUGGUAAUUCACACUCAUCUAUCAGACCAAGCAGGUUCAAAUAAACACAAAUCACCUAAUCGUGGAGGAGAGUCGUCUUUACUAUCUCGUUUGAAGUAUUGUAGCUUUAUUUGUUGCAGGAUAGAUUUGUCUCCUUGUAGUUUUGACCUGUCAUAAAUGAUGUUUGUGCUGACCGCCGUGUAAACAACUUUUGCAAUCUAAAAGAAUGAACAUACCAUACGUGUUUUAUUUUGUUAGUCAUGUUAUUAAGCUCAACACAUCUCCACGUUUCUGGACGUCUUUAAGAGCUGUAGUGUCUUUUCUUCGUCGGUAGAAGAUCUGGUCUCUGAGCUGUCUG